AGUCGUAAGGGUAACAACAACUUCUAAUAAAUAAUACAUUUACAAGCUAAAAUUGAAAAGUUAUUUUUUUUGAAUUUUCAUCAAAUAUUUUUGAGUGUUUUUUGUUUCUAGUCAAAAUUUGUGAGUUUUGUUUUGUUCGCGUAAAAAAUGUCUCUCUCAGAGAUGUCGGACAUGUCGAGUUGUACCUCCAGUGUGUUGUCUGUUAGUCCAUCGAUGGAUGCAGAUGAAGGCCCCGACCGAUCGGCGGCAUCGGGCGACAACAUUGCAGUGGCCGAACCCGAGCAAUGCAGCUCUUCGGGUGACGACAUACCGAGCACUUCUGCCCAGCAGGAUCAUGCUUCGCCAGUGCAGGCUCGACGAUCCGCCUUGGGGUAUCUGAACUUCGUACAGGACUGCAAGCGUAGAUUUGGCAAGAUGUAUAACAGGCAAAAAUUGGUGAACACUGCAGUCCAGCAGUGGCGCUCGAUGGAUGAGGCUCAGCGUAACCAAUACCGAAACCCCGACUAUCGCCAAAAAAUGCCAAGAGAUCGCAAUUGGUGGAGAGCUCAAGCGGUGAGGACGACAGCACUGCUUCCAUGGUGGGUUUAUCCAAGGACUUUUUGACUUUGCCGGGGUCUGAUAUAACAGUGAAGACAGCGGAUUGUGACAUGAAGCCCAAGAGCCGCGCCAUGAGCAAGACCAAGCGCAAGCGCAACCGCAGCUGUGCCACGAGCAAGCGCAUGAAGUCUUCGAGUGCCAAGCGACGGCGCAAGAAGUCUUCGAGUGCCAAGCGACGGCGCAAUAUGUCCGCUUGCAAGAAGAGCAAACGCAAGAUGUCCAGAAAGCCGAAGAGCUGCGGCACAAGUCGCCGCAAGUCCCGUUCCGUGAAGCGCAAGAAGACCUGCUAAGACGAGGGGGACGAGGACUAGGGAACAAAAAAACAAAACCAAAGUAAAAGCACACAAGGGAGGGGGAGAAACCUCCAAGCAAACGCACGCACACACACACACACACACACAUACGCUCCAUGCAGCUGAGCGGAAAGCUUCACGCAAUAUGUUACUCGAGAGCUUGGAAAGCCGCGCCCCUUCCCUUUCUGUUCGGGAUCCACAGUGUCAUAGGUAGAAGUGACCAAUAAAUGUUACCCCACGUUAAGUGCA